AUCCAAUGGCCACCUUACCCACCCCUUUCCCAUACCAUUACCUAUUGAAACCAACACUCACGCACACACACACAGACUCUCUCUCUCUCUCUGAUGGCAGUCUCCCCUCCCCUGGUUCAUCGAAGUCCAUUAAGAGGGGAGCCAAUGCCUCCAAGUGGCUCUGCUUCCUCAAACGACUCACCUAAAUCGUCAACACCACCAUUAUCACCACCACUGUCGCGUGGAACCUUACAACUCAUCCAUCCAUCUGAGAAAAAGAAAAAGCACAAACUUGUUCGCGCCUUUCGCUCAGUUUUCCGAUCUUUUCCCAUCAUAAACCCUGUAUGCAAGAUUCCAGUCCUCCAAGGUACCUCACCGGACAGUCAGCGUAGCUACGUAACAGGUCAUCGGGUCACCGGAACUUUAUUUGGCUAUCGUAAAGGUAAGGUAAGCUUGUCCAUACAAGAAAAUUCGAAGUGCUAUCCUUCUGUAAUCGUUGAGCUAGCAAUACAAACCAACGUAUUACAGAAGGAGCUAGGUUCAGGGAUGGUCAGGAUUGCCCUGGAAUGCGAAAAAAGACAUGAUAAAAAUAAGGUUAGGCUAUUAGAUGAAACGGUAUGGGCCAUGUUUUGCAAUGGGAAAAAGAACGGUUAUGGAAUGAAAAGAGAUGCCACAGAUGAGGAUCUCAGGGUGAUGGAGCUCCUAAGGGCUGUGUCCAUGGGGGCUGGAGUUUUGCCGGGGAAUUCUGAGAUUGAGGGUCCUGAUGGGGACCUUGCCUACAUCAGGGCCCAUUUCGAUCGGGUGGUAGGCUCUAAGGAUUCGGAGACUCUGUACAUGAUCAGCCCAGAAGGGAACAAUGGGCCUGAGCUCAGUAUCUUCUUCAUCAGGGUUUGAAGUAUGCGUGUAUAUCAUCAGUUCCUACAGGUUUUGUUAGUUGGGGUAGAUAUAGAAGAUGAAGGGGGGAGGGGUUAUUGGGCAGUGCCGAUUCUAACUAGAAGUUGAGGCUUUGAGGGAUGAACUUUUCUCGCCAUUUGAUGGUUUAGGACAGAAAUUGAUCAAAAGUGAUCAGAGGCAUUGCUGAUUAUCCAUUCUUGUAAUGAUUCAUUUUAGUUGUUUAUGUAAGCAAUAGCCUGUUUUCUUUUCUUUACAAUUGUUUGCUUCCUCUUCAAUCUUCCAUG